AUGUUCGCGUCACUUCGAUUCCAUCUCGUAUUUAAUAGUACAAUCAAGAAAAGACGCUGGGAGAGAAUACUCAAAAGUGGAGGAGGACAAAUUGCAGAAGAUGACGACAGUAAUCGUUUAGAUUUUUAUGCAACGCAUAUUGUGUGUGACUCGAAAAUGAAACGAAAAACAAAACUUAGAGAUGCUGUUAAAUUUAAAAUGCAAACACCAAUCGUUGUGGAUUGUAAGGAUAUGAUCGAUGUUAUUUUGACAGGAGAUUGGGAAAGUUAUUCCUGUCACGACCUUCUUCGAGAGUCAGAAAAGAAGAAGUCCAAAGGAUCAGAAGAAGAAGAAGAUUAA